AUGAACCACAUGGAUGAUUGUUUUGCGGGCUCACCGCAGGAAUUUCUAAUUUGCGUAACGGUGCAUAAGGCAGCUAAUACUGGCGUUAGCACUGGAGAAACCUAUGUUAAAGUGAGUCUCGACAAAAUAAGCAAGAACACCAAGACGUUUCCCAACUCGGAGAAUCCGUUUUUCAAUGAGUACUUUGUUUUUGAAUUCCACUGCACGCUGCCCGAACUAUUGCGACUCACCAUACUCUUCGAGCUUAAGAAAUAUGCGCUCUAUAAGAAGAAUAUUGUUGUUGGCGAGUUGUUAAUAGAUCUGCACAGUGUGUGGAGUCAGUCAACUCAUAGUUACUUUAAGAAAUGGGGACGCUUGGAUCAGCCCAUAACCGAAAGCUCAGCCAGCGAACUGGGACCUAGACAUAAUGCCUAUUUACAAAUUGACUUGGCCAUAAUAUCACAAUACAGCCGUUUGAAAACUGGACUAAGUGCACCCAUUGAAGAGCCCAUAGCGGAGCAGUUGGAGAAGUGGAACACGCAUCAUGAUUUCGAUGAUAUUAAAAACAAUCUAUUGCAGGAUGUGGACUCGUACACCCAGAGCAACAUACGCUACUAUAUAAGCCUAUAUCGUGGCAUGUUUCUGAGGAAAAGUAACUACAUGAUACAAGUAUCGUUCGCUGGCAUCAAAGGCAAAACACAAGUGGCUAAACACACGGCGACGCCAGUUUGGAAUCAUGAAAUAAGCUUUGCUUGGGUGUAUCCAUCUCUGGCGCAAAGGUUUCUCAUACUCAUACUACUAAACGAUCAUCUGCAGUGGAAGUGCGUGGCUGAGUUUGAAAUCGGAUUUGAUGAAAUUGCUUUCAAGGGGCAGCCCGCUUUGGGUCCCACAUACCUGCACUUCUAUGAUCCAAUUAAUCCUUUAAACUAUGUGGGUCGACUGCUGAUGGAAUUGCGCUCCGAGGUCAUAAGCCAUGAUCAUCCCUCUCAUGUGCUUAUAUCGCAGCCCAUUGCGGGUCUGGAGGACUCACGCUACUGGGCGGAUGAAAACUUUCUAGUCGAGUUUCUGCCCAUACUGGGUGAUCAUAUAAUCUCCAGCGCUAGUCACUACAAGUUUACAAUUAAGCUGGCGGAGAACACGUCCAAUGUGCUUGAGGGCACAUUGCGCAGUCCUGUGGGUAAAUUUCACUCACUCAUGCAUACGAAAUGCUUUCGCCAGGAGACGCCUUUUCGUUCCUGUUUACUGCGUGCGCGAUUGGCUGACACGCGUCAUAAAUACGAAAGCGACUUUUUUCUGCUGGAGCUGACAAAUUAUAUGUCAACCACCGUUUGGGAUCAGAAUAGACAAAACUAUUUGCUGGAUUAUUAUGCUAAGCUGUCGCAAGAUCUGCGCGCCUUGCGUCAUAAAAUAAGAAAGAUUUAUAGCGAGCAUUUGGAUGCAACCAUAGCAGAUGUUUUAAACGAACUGCAGCAGCUUGUGCUGGAGCUGAGUUCGCUGACGCAUAGUAUACGUCUGCAGGACGAUUGGCCGGAGCUGUGCAUUAUGCUAAGCGCUGCCGGCAAGGACAUUGGCGUUUGUCGCCUGAACUCCAAGCAUUUUCUCAAUCUGCCGCAGAAACUAAAAACGCAUGUCAACAAUCAAUGCUGGAAGGUCAAAAGCUUUCUCUUCAAGAACAUCAACUGUGGGCAUACCUGCGCCAACUGUGGCUGCAAUGUGGGCAUUGUCCUAGGCUGCAUUUCCAUACUAGCCGAGCACGAGCGCAAGGACUUUCUAUCCUGCAUUGUAGGCGAUUGGGCGUCACCGGAGCCGCUGCUUUGGCUGCCCAAUGUGGUGCAAACGCACUUUCGUUUCAAUGUCUAUGUGCAUCAGGCCAAGGUGCGUCCUGGUGGUGAAAGAAAAAACAUUAGCGAUGGCCAUAUCAGAGUGUUAUUUGCAGAGCAGGCAGCUGAAACUUAUACAGCGCCUGCUACGCUGUCGCCCAUAUGGAAUGCAGUUAUUACUUUCAAGGGCUUGGUCCUACCUGGCAGCAUCAGUUGGUAUCUGCAGAAUCCGCCUUUGAUAUCGCUGGAGUUUUAUUACACCGAGUCUAUGCAGGCGGAAGAUGCAGGCAAUGGACAGACAGUGGUGAGCGUCAUUAGUGGCAGUCAUAUUGCCGCCGAGUCCAACUGGACUGAGGGCAGUCGCAUUUGGGGUAAAAGCGCUGUGCGCACGCUGGACAGACUGCGUCAUGUGACACCACCGCCACUCAAGUGGGUGCCUGUAGCUAAGAAGGGCUUGGUGCAGGCCGAAGUGCUAAUGUCGGCGGAGUUUAUAGAGCUGGUGGGCGUGCCAGAUGCACAACAGACAGACAAGCAGCCAACGCUUACCACAGGCAUACCGCUGGCCAUCAAACCCAAUAUGCUCAACUAUGUCCUGGAAGUUAUUUUUGUGGGCAUGCGUAACUAUACCAAGAGCAGCUUAAGUUUGGCUGGCAAGCGACGUGCCAAGGUUAUGAUGGCGGAUUUGGUGCUCACCAGCGGCUUGUCCACUUCACGUGUGCGCAACAGCAUCAACUUUCUGGUCGCCUAUGCAGCGGGUGUAGUGAGUCUGCCGGAUCAACAAGAGUACUGGCCUGCCAUGAUAGCUACCGAUGUGCUAAUCUCCAAUUUUACUAAUGAGUCUACCUUGGGAGCUGCGCUCAUACCCAACUCCAGCAGCUUUCUGAACAAGGAUAAGCUACGCAAAUGUCUACGCAGCACCGCAACCAUAAAUGAAAGCACAGUAGCUACUUCUGCUACAGCUUUGGCCGAAUCCACUUAUGAGGAAACGGAGGAUGAAGAUGAUGUGCAGCCUGCUUAUGAAAAUGGCUGCUGGAAACGCUUGAAGAUAGUGCUGGGUCUACGCACAGCUGAGUUUGCCAACAAGCGGCAGUUGAAAUAUCACAAUUUGGUGGAGUGCAGCGAUCUGAAUAUCAACAGCAACUUCACGUGGUGGACAAAAUUCUAUAAUGCCAUGUAUGAGGAUGAAGAGCACACUGCCGAUCGUUGUAAACACAGCUUGAUUAUCUAUCCCAAUGAGCUGGAAAAGCAGGCAGAGUUUAGUUUUCUGCAAGAUUGGGCUGUGCCUGUGCCGCUGGUGCAUGGCGUCAAGUUCAAGAAACAUGGACCGCCCAAGGAAGAUAUUUAUGCUACACUUAAGCUGCAGAUUAAAAUAACUCCCUGUGUUUGUGAUGCUGCCGAUGAAGGCGCUGGUGGAGAUAUGCAAAGACCUUUGGCGACUGCAAUGAAUCCACAUCAGCAAAAUGUUAUGAAGUCGCUAGCGGAGGCUAUGACGCUGCUGGUGCGCGUCUAUAUAGUGCAGGGAAUCCAUAUAAGACCGCGUGAUUGGACUACCGAUUCGGAUUGUUAUGUCAAGCUGUCGCUGGCAGGCAAAACUCUGUCGGAUCGUGCUCAUUAUAUACCCAAUCAAAGUAAUCCUAUAUUCGGGCGUUACUUUGAGCUGGAGGCAGCGCUGCCAGCGGAUCAUAUGCUGGAAAUAUGGCUGUAUGAUCAGGAUGACAAGGGCAAGGAUAAUCUUAUAGGCUAUACGCAAAUUGAUUUGGAGGAUCGCUGGCGUAGCAAACAUCGCGCUACAGUGGGCAUACCACAGAGUAUACGAGGUGGGACAAAUCUUUGCUAUAUAGAGCCGCCUUCGGUGCUAUUGACGCAGCUUUGUCAGCAGCAGAAUAUACCGCCGCCUUAUAUAUAUGGCAAUAUUAUAGAAGUGGAUGGCAUGAUCUUUGCUGAUGAAACGGUUAUAUCAAAAUCUGAAGAUCUACAAGAGCGUCUGAGUCUAACAGCUUUAAAGCAUUUGAAUAAGCUACCCAGCUUUGGCUAUAAACUGGUGCCGGAGCAUGUGGAAACGCGUUCACUCUACAGCGACGGCUAUCUAGGCGUAGUGCAGGGCAAACUGCAGCUGUGGUUGGAGCUAUACGAGGCGAGCAUGUUUAUACCUCCACCCAUCGAUAUAACGCCCAUGCCGCCCAUUGCCUAUGAGGUGCGUGUUGUGGUCAAAAAUCUAAGCGGCAUACAAUUUGGUGAUGUAAAUAUUUUUGGCAAAUUAAUGAGCGACGUCUAUGUGAUUGGCUGGUGCCAGGAUGCGCACAAGUACCAAUCGACGGAUAUACAUUACCGCUCAUUUGCAGGCCAGGCGGCUUUUAAUUGGCGCAUGAUAUUCGAACUUAACUAUGCACCCAAUGAGGACAUGAUGGUUAUCAGGCGCAAGGGCGGACUGCAUGAGGAGAUUGAAAUCAAGCGACCGCCUAUAAUAUAUCUACAAGUCUGGGAUAAGGACAUGGUUACGCGCGAUGAGCACCUAGCUGCUAUUGACUUGAAUCUAUCGAAUCUUCCAGUGCCUUACUCUGCCGCACAGCUCUGUCCAUUGCUGCCGUCCAAACGCAAGCGUCUGAAUCUAUUUACACGCCAAAGCAUUAGCGGCUGGUUUCCACUGCAAGCCGCACCCAAUCCUUUGCAUAAGGAGCAACACACAAAUGGCAAAAUCGAACUACAUCUGGAGAUUUGCACUGAGACAGAGGCUGCCAAUAUGCCCGCGGGCUUGGGUCGAAAGCCACCAAUGGCUUUGGAGAAACCCUAUCGUGCGGAGACGGCCUUCAAUCCACUCACACAUCCCUUGAAGUCCUGUAAGCAUAUACUCUGGCCAGCUAUACGCAAAUAUGUUCUACUGGGCCUGCUAUUCUUACUAUUCGCUCUGGGCAUGGUUCUAUUCUUUGCCAAUCUGCCAAACAAACUUAUGACUAUACCGCUUGAGUGAUUCGUUCUAUAAUAUUUUAUAUUCUAUUGCGCAUUGCUGUUUUAAACUCUGUAUCUUUAUAAAUAUGUGCCGCACUUGAGUGACAUUUGUUAUUAAUUAAAU